AUGGCUGAGGCCGUCGGGCUCGCCGCGAGCAUCAUCGCCAUCGUCGAACUCUCCGCCAAAGUCGGGAAACUCUGCGUCCAGUACUCGACCGCAGCGGGAAGUGCGAGGGCUGACAUUGCCCGACUUCAAAGCCGGCUAAAAGACCUGGACGUAUGCCUCGAAGCUGCCCAGCGGCUCAUCAACGACCCCAAGAAUACGGCGCUGGCGACAUCGCGGUCGCUAGUUGACUCAUUGAAUGCAUGCUAUACAGAACUAGCAGAAGUCCAGAAUAGACUCGUUCCUGGGAGUGCGUGGAAGUCCAUGCGUCGAUUUGGUCUCCGCGCGCUUAAAUGGCCUUUCGACAGCAAGGAAAUCAGUACGGUUGUAUCAAAUCUUGAGCACUACAAGCAGACAAUCACGUUGUGCCUGCAAGUCGACCAAACGACAAUUCUGCUCGACAUGUCGCAAAGGGUCGAAGGUUUGUCACUCCAACAGCAGAGCACGACAUCAGUAGCUCGCCCGCCAUGCUUCAAUAUUCCCUUUGAUCGAGAUCAAGACUUUGUCGCACGUCCCGAUAUGACGGCAUGGCUCAUAGACAAGUACAGUAGCUCUGCUGGCCGUAUGGCUCUUGUAGGCAUGGGAGGGUUUGGUAAAUCGCAGGUUGCUAUUAACUUUGCAUAUUCUAUUCACGACGAGAACUCCGAUGUCAAUAUAUUCUGGGUCCAUGCAAGCUCAAGACCGAGAUUCGAAGAAGCCUACCGCGCUAUGGCAGAGAUAAUGAAACUACCCAAACGAGACGAGCCAAGCACGGAUACUCUUGCGCUUGUUCGCGACUGGCUGCAGAACGAUGAGUCUGGUCCUUGGCUGAUGAUACUCGACAAUGCCGACGACGUCAACCUUUUCUACCCCAAAGACACUCAUGAACGACCCCUAGCGUCAUUCCUCCCUAAGGCUCCUCAUGGCGCCAUCCUGGUCACCUCUCGCAGUCUUGAUGUUGCGCAAAGGCUCACAGGUAGUCACAAGAACAUUUUCCGAGUGUCUACCAUGGACGAGGCUCAAGGACUACGUCUUAUCAAAACCAAACUUACCAAUGAAUUCGAGAAAGACCCUGCUGUUGAGCUCCUUCAGGCUUUGGAUUACAUCCCCCUCGCAAUCACACAAGCUGCAGCCUACAUCAACCGACGUUCGCCACGGGAAUCAGUUGAAAGCUACUUGGAAGCAUUCCAAGAAAGUGAUUAUAAGAAGAACAGCCUUCUGGAGGUCGAUCUUGGUGAUCCUCGUAGAGACGAGACUGUUUCCAACUCUGUGAUCACCACUUGGCAAGUCACGUUCGAGAAGAUCCGCCACGAAAAGCCCUCAGCAGCCAAUCUCUUAUCAUUCAUGAGCCUUUUCGAUCAUAAAGGAAUCCCCGAAUUCGCACUUCAUUACUACAACGGCAAGCUCAAGCAUCGGAAAGACAAAGUUGUGGGCUUUGAAGAUGAUCUAGACGUGCUUCGUAGCUUUUACCUCGUUCAUAUGACUACCGAUCGAGGCGUCUUCGAGUUGCACUCAACCGUGCAGGCUUGCACCAGGGCCUGGACAUCAUCUUCAAAUAAGUUGCCGCAACUGAAGAGCCUAUUCAUAUCCGCCAUGUGCGACAAUCUCAGGUCUUACAAAAUAGGAGACUGGGCUACAUGCCAGCUGCUUCUGCCGCAUCUGGAGUCUGUGACACAGGAAGAGCCGCAGAUGGCUGAUGUCAAACCAUGGGUAAAGCUAUUGUAUCGAUAUGCAAGAUAUUUGACUGAAACUGGCAAGUAUGAAACUGCGGAGCAUAUUAGCAAAAAAGCAAUUACGACAGGUUUUCCAAGUCUUGGGGAAGAGAGUAAGACGAUGCGGCAGUGUUUGAGUGGGUUGGGUGAAGCCUAUAGAAGACAACACAAGACUGCUGAGGCAGAAAAGAUUCAAAGUCAGCUCGUCGAAACGAGCAAGAGAAUUUGGGGAGAAGAGCACAAACGGACCCUCAACAGUAUGAACAAUCUGGCACUUAGCUAUAUAUCUCAGCUUCGAGGUGCUGAAGCCGAGGAACUUCUCGAUCGAAAACUGAAAGUCUUACAAAGGACUCAGGGAGACAGGCAUCGAGAUAUUUUGACAACAAAAGCUAAUCUGGUCUCAACAUACUUGAACCAGAAUCAAUAUGACAAGGCUGAAGGUUUAGGAACAGAAGUUGUAGAAGGAUGCAAGACUGUGCUAGGCUCAGAGCACCCACAUACGCUGCUAAGCAUGAAUCACCUGGCCAAGGCGUGUUUGGGACAAGGCGAACUUGAAAAAGCUAUUGAGCUCCAGAAACAAGUGCUAGUCGGGAGCAAGAAAGUAUUGGGCGAACGUCAUCCGGAGACGUUACGCACUAUGGUGCUUGGCGCCAGAAUCUUGAAGAUGAUGGGUCAACAAAAAAAUGCUCUAUCACUGAUGCAAACUUGUGUAAACCUUUAUAGGGAGGUAAUUGGAUCUGAGAAUCCAGAGACAAGAUAUGUGGUCAAGACACUUGAGGAAUGGGAAGAGGAGAUAAGCGGCGUGUCAGACACUCAGAUCCUGUGGCGAGGGAAUGAUGAUAUCAUCGUCUCAAGAAGCACCAAUCUUAAGGGCAAUGGCGUACAGAUGUCCAAUGACCAGUCCCCUCGCAUUCGUCAGCGCCCCAAAGCACUGAACCGAGUUACCAGUCUUACAACAACAACCCUUACCAAAAUCAGCAGCAAGCAAAUGGACAACCUCCUUAUCCUGGACAGAACCAUCAAAACUCCGGUUAUGAAUCUUAUAAUGGACAAUCACAACAGUCAUACCCAGGCCAACAGGACUCUGGACUUCAAACUCACAGUCCGCAGCCACAGCCGCCGCCAUACAAUACUUAUCAGUCCCCACAACAGCCUCAGCAUCAGCAAUGGCCGUCAUCCUCGGCACCUCCGAGCUAAUCUUCACCCAUGCCCUACGCCUCCGCCAUGGGUACCAUAUUGGUCUGAACAGUCACAGCAAUGGUGCUACGUCGAAACGUCAGGCAGAAGCUCCUGGCAAGCUCCCUUAGAACUUCCGCCACUUCCAGGCAUGCCAGCCUUUCCCGGAAGUUUAAACACUCAUAGCAGAGGUCAUGAUGGACAUAUGACACGUCUGGGUCAGCCACAGUACGCCAAUCCACAAGCAUCACGACCAAGUCUGCCUGGAAAGGAAAAGAAGUCAUCGACCUUUCUGGCCGCAGCGGGAGGUUUUGCUGCAGGUGGUGCAGCGGGAUAUUUUGUCAAAGAACGAAUUGACAAACGUAAAGCCAAGAAGCAUGGCCGCACGGCAGAAGAUUUCUCUGACUUCGCCUACUUUCCAGCAUGGGAAGUCGACCUCGAGUGCAACAUCUGCGACCAGGUAAUCAGCGGUCCGUACGCACACUGCAAGAAGUGUGAUGGCGGCGACUACGAUAUCUGUAGAGAUUGCCUCGAGCAAGGAGAGAUCUACAAAGGCAAAGGCAAGCACAACUUGGUCAAGGUCUAUCCCAAGUACUACUGCGAUGUGUAA